GUAAGAAAAGCAAUAAAACUUGCACACAGUCCUACAAACAAGUGGAGUUUAUGGGAAAUGGAAGUGUUGGGAAAAUAUGGUUAGUAGGUCAAUGUCUUUGACAUUUUCUUUAAAUAGUGUUUUUUUUAGAAUCAUACGAAUUAGGCUUAAAAUAUGAACGGCAGUUCAUAAAGGAGUCAGGAUCCGAACCGGAUGAAGAACACUUGGGUAGAGGCAAAAGGAAAAAAAUUUAAAAAACUCAAGCUGAUGACGAUACCAGUGAGAGUGAAUCCAAUAGCAGUGAGUGCAAUCACUCUGAAGAAACCACAGUACUGGAAAUCGACGUUUUGAAUGGAGAGAAUUUAAUUGAAGAAGCAACACUUGUUGAAGAAUUUUUAUUGCAACCUACAAAUGGUAAGAAGGACAACCAAUCCACUGACACAUCUCAAGCGUUGACCAUCUGCAACAUAGGAAGUGACACGUCUAGAACUAGUCUACCUUCAAUAAACAUAACAGAAAAGGAAGAACUACCAACGAUAAUUACACACCAUAGGGUCCUGCAUACUCCCACAACUUCACGAUCUUCAUCUGUAUCAAUGCCAGUACUAGCCACAGAUGGUAUCACUUUACCUGAUUUUAAUUUCACUCUGAUAGAGAUGAAUAAUAAACUCUCGGAAAUCCAUAGAAAGCAAUGUGAAAUAGAGCAAAGAGUGCAAAUUGUGAACGAAAGGUUAGUCGCUCUAGAGCAAACACUACCGCUGGGCACUCCAAAUUCCAUUAACAAAGUUGGUAACGAUCAACUGCCAAAAAAGAAAUUUUCUUCAUUUGAUGAGCUGCAAGAGUUUGAGGCGAAUUUUACAGAAGAAACGAGAAAACAAAUGUUGUACCAUAUCAAGUUAUGUGGUGGAAAGGAUUAUAAAGAUGCAACAAAACGUUAUUUGAAAUUACUUUUUACCAAUCAAUUUGCUAGAACAUGCUCGUGGACUGGUCAAAAAAACCAUCACAAAUUAAAGGACUUGGAGGUGGUGAAGGUAAUUAAAGAGGCUGUUUGCUCCUGUUACAAUGUAACCAGCAGGGAUUUCGAAAUUGUACUGAUGGAUUGGUUCCGUUAUGCUACUCAAAGGGAUAAAAGAGAAAAAUCCUCUUGGUAUGUAUAAGAAGAGAAAUUAUUAGAUAGGUGUUGUUGUUUAUUAAUUAUGCACAUGUAUGGUUAGGUAUGUUAUUUCGUAGGUAUUGCUACAAUAGGUUAUUUUUUAAGAAUAGGUAGCUAACUAGAUAUAAUAUUCAUUUCGA